AUGGCUGAGGCAGCUAAGAAGGCCUGUGAUUUCUGGGGUGUUCCAUCCACUGAUGUUCUUCGGCCUACUGUUGAAGCCAUUGCUUCUCAUAUUGGUGUUGCUCCAUCUGGAAUUCCACGAAGCUCUCCUAAUCGAAAGGGUCAGCUAACAGAAGAUUACUUUCAACGGAUUGAUGCUAUCCAUUUUACCAUCAAACAAGAUGAUGGGGCUCAGCCACAAAACCUCAACCGUGCAGACAUUGUACUUGCCGGCGUUUCACGUACAGGGAAGACACCAUUGUCAAUAUAUCUAGCUCAAAAGGGAUACAAGGUAGCGAAUGUGCCAAUUGUGAUGGGAGUGAAUCUUCCAAAGGCUCUUUUUGAGAUCAACCAAGACAAGAUUUUUGGGUUGACAAUAAACCCAGUGGUUCUUCAAGCAAUUAGAAAGACUAGGGCCAAAGCUCUAGGUUUUGUUGAUGGGUAUCAGAGCAAUUAUGCUGAAAUGGAACAUGUGAGGCAGGAACUGGCCCAUGCAAAUCAAAUUUUUGCUCAAAAUCCAAGGUGGCCAGUCAUUGCCGUCACUGGAAAAGCUAUAGAGGAAACAGCUGCUGUUGUUGUGAGCAUUCUCCAGGACAGGAAAGGGAAGUGCUCCAUGCCACGCAUAUCAAAACGGUACUAG